GAGGGGAAGGGAGGGAGGGAGGAGGAUUUUGAAAUUUACAAACAAAGCCUUUCUACUGUCUAACAAAUAGGCUCUGCGAUUUAGGGACCCACCUAAUCAAAAGUUAGUUUUUAUAGUUGAACUCAAGCUGUUUCCACCUUUUUGAUUCAUGAGAUCUGAUUCCUGAUCUGAUUUCUGUGGUGUAUAUUGAUUUUAAUUUUUUCUAUAACCUCUCGGCUUUGUGUCUGUUUUGAAAACUUUGACAUCUCCAGUUUUGUGUUGACGAGCAAGUGUCUCUCAACAAAAUGUCAAACACUGUACCACCAGCCUCUCAUUCUGACAGAGAACUAGAUCUAGCCCAUUCGGCGCGAGGUGUGUGGUUGGUAAAGGUUCCAAAAUAUAUUAGUCAAAAAUGGGAAAAGGCUGCAGGAAAUGUCGAAGUAGGAAAACUUAAAAUUUCAAAGCGAGCUGGACAGAAGGCAGAUGUAACACUUGCUCUAGCUGAUUUCCUAUUACCCCAGGAUACUGGACCAGUACCAAUACCUAAAGAUCAUAAAUUAGAUUUGCAAAUUGUACAGACACAGACACUAGGGGUCUUUUCACACUCUGUUCCCGUCAACACAGAUGCAGUGGUGCCAGAAACAGAAAAGUUAUGUUUAGAGGGAAAGAUACAGCAAAAACUUGAGUGCAGGCCCUUCAUGGCAGAUCAAGGAUACAUGCGCUUGAAGGCAGAAACAUUCCGCAAGGCAGCCCAGCCAGUCAGGAAAGUUCAGCAACUUGACCGUGUGGUUCAGAACUACAAACCUGUAGCAAACCACAAACACAAUAUUGAAUAUGAAGAAAAGAAAAAGGCAGAAGGCAAGAAAUCUCGGGAUGACAAGGAUGCUGUUAUGGAAAUGAUGUUUGCUGCAUUUGAGAAACACCAGUAUUAUAACAUAAAAGACCUUGUUCGGAUUACAAAGCAGCCUGUUACAUAUCUCAAAGAGAUACUAAAGGAGGUGUGUGAUUAUAAUAUCAAGAAUCCCCAUAAAAAUAUGUGGGAACUUAAGCCUGAAUAUCGACAUUAUAAGGACCAGCCAGCCGACAAAGGAAGCAAAUCAGAUUCUGAGUAGAUAAUAACAUGCUGUUCCUUGUCUCACUGAUGUUCUCAAAUUUCAUUUUUAGUUAAAGCCAUGUUAAAUUAUUUUAAAUAAAUGACCUUUUAGUUUUAAAAA